ACUGCAUCACAGCGGGAGCAUCCGUCGGACUGGCACCGCACCUUCUUCGAGAGUCGGGCACCGCUCGCGGACACAUGCGGGCCACAGCCUUGCUGGUUCUCCGGUGAUCGCAGUCAGUGUGGACCACUGUAUGGAUGUCAAGUGAGAGCUGCCGGUAGUGAGUCGGUUUCCUUUCUCGCUCUCUGCUCGUGUCCCGCAUCCCUGACCAGCGUUGCAAAAUGGCGGACAUCACCGAUCUGCGACCCACCUACGCCAUGUCGCCCGUCCUGGCGGGCUUCUUGGGGGCGGGUCUUCUGGUUCUGGUGGUGAUCAUUCUGGUGCUGCUCUGGUCCUUCUGUCAGCGUCGGUACCUACGGCUCUCUGGGCGCUACAAGCUGCAUGGGGACCAGUACUGUGAUGCUGAGGACCCACCCUACAAGUUCAUCCACAUGUUGAAGGGCAUCAGCAUUUACCCAGAAUCCCUUAGCAGCAGCAAGAGGAUUGUACGCAGCCUACGCCGCACUGACCGCGAAGGAGAGCGCACUGGCUCAUCAGCUGGCAGAGGGAUGGUGUUGGUGGAUGCUGAGAACAACAUCCUGGAUGGACCGGGGCAGCUGCAGAUGAGUCACCUGGUGCCCCCUAAUGGUGCCACCCCCACCCACAGUCAGGCCCGACUAGAACGGGCCCUGCCGGUCCGUGCCGACUACUGCUGCUUGGACACCAGCUCUGCGAGCAGCAGCCAGACCAGCAGCAAGACGGUGUCGCCGUUCACCCCGGCCUCUUCGGAAUCGGAACCAGAACCCAACCUGGGGACCAUCAGCCUCACUGUGGACUACAACUUCCCAAAGAAGGCACUGGUUGUCACCAUUGUGGGUGCUCGAGGCCUCCCUGCCAUGGAUGAGCAGGCCGGCAGCUCCGACCCCUACCUGAAGAUGACGAUUCUGCCAGAGAAGAAGCACAGAGUCAAGACCCGGGUUCUGAGGAAGACCCUGGACCCGCUGUUCGACGAGACUUUUACCUUCUAUGGUGUGGCCUACAGCUCGCUGCCUGAGCUCACACUGCACUUCCUGGUCCUCAGUUUCGACCGCUUCGCUCGCGAUGAUGUCAUCGGAGAGGCAGUGGUGCCGCUCAAAGGGGUUGACCCGAGCACAGGAAGGGUCCACCUGAGUCAGCAGAUCACCAAGAGGAAUAUGCAGUGUGAAAGUCGCGGGGAGUUGCUGGCCUCUCUGUCCUACCAGCCUGUCUCUCAUCGUCUCAGCGUGGUGGUCCUGAAGGCUCGACACCUUCCCAAGAUGGACAUCACUGGCCUCUCAGCAAAUCCUUAUGUGAAGAUCAACGUGUUCUACGGUCGCAAGCGCAUCGCCAAGAAGAAGACGCACGUGAAGAAGUGCACGCUGAACCCCGUCUUCAAUGAGUCCUUCAUCUACGACAUCCCGCCUGAGCUGCUGCCCGAGAUCUCGGUGGAGUUCUUGGUGGUCGACUUUGACCGCACUACUAAGAACGAGGUUCUCGGUCGCCUGCUGCUCGGCCUUCACAGCCCUGUGCCCACCGGCGCCCUCCACUGGCGUGAAGUGUGUGAGAACCCGCGUCGGCAGAUCUCCAAGUGGCACAACCUGAGCGAAUACUGAGGGAAACACGUGGACUUGACCAGUGCCUACACUGGGAACAACAGACCGAGUGUACCGUACACACACCUACACACACAUACACAUUCACACACAAACACAUACCACUACACUGUAGAAUCUGUUCACUAUCCACAACAUCUGCUAUCAAAGAAAAGAGGUUGUGCGUCUGACAGUGACGACACAGUCACAAAGUGUUUUGUUGAUGUGUGUGUGCGUGGACAGAGAAGGAAUGCUCUUAUAGUCAAAACAGAAAAUGUCGCCCUCCUGCUGUUGUUGUCAUGCAGUCCAUCGCAUGUCUGUUGGAAGAGAAAAAAACUGCUGACAUCACUCUGAUGCUCUCAGCCAAUCAUCCGGAGAGACUCAACUGCACCAGCAGAGACUGGAGCGAAGAAGCCUAUUAAUAUUAGUAACAAUGUUAACCUACUCUCAGAGAGAAGAUGUAAAGUACUUUGUAGCAUGAACGCCUCCCUCCUACAUUUCAUCCCGACCUCUGCAGCGGCACUGGGCUCAGUGUGAGGUGAUCACAUGACCUUGUAGUUGCUCACCAACUCAUGUAGUAAUUUGUUCCUUGAUUCUGCUGAGAAAAGAAGCCUGAAUCCUGAAAUCUGACAUUUUUACCUCUCAGGGUCUCAGCCAGGGAUCAACGGUCCCUGAAGCCCCUGUGAGCAGGCAGCAGUAAGGCAGGUGAAGAUGAUGAAGGCAACCAAAGCAAAUUUGAGACAGGUGAAGGAGGUCAGUGACUGCUUUGUCAUGCCUGUACUUCUGCUUUAAAAUACUCCCAGAAGUUAUUUUGCUUGUGGAAUCACUUGAGUAACUCGUGAUGGACGUGUGGCCUCCUCUGAAGCUAAAGUGGAAACUGAGUGAGUAGGAAGGUUGCAUAGCUGCCACCGACAGCAACUGGCCAACACUUUGUCCAGUUGAUCCAGUAUGAAGUCAGUUGUUGCUUAUAGAGUAGCAAGACAAAGAAAAGUAACUGAAGGAGGCUCAUAUAUCAAGGAAGAAGACAGUACAAACCAAUAAGAAUGCCUGGGGAACGAAUCAGAGCUACAGGUGAUCUGGGAUGUCUGAACGAUCACAGUCAUCUGACCAUUGCCGCCUCCCUGCUCCUCUUCUCUCAUUUUCUACAUUUUUAUUCUUCUUCUUGCCUGAUUUCUACUUGUUUCUAACGCGACUGCUGCGUCUAGCUGGUGACGCUCGUCGAGCUUCGACCAAUGAACUCUUUUCUCAUGAGAUUCUCUUUUUUAUUGUCCACCAUUCCAUUUGUAGAAGCACAGUACUCACGUUGAAGGCCAAUCCUCCAUUUGUGUGCUGAUGUUUGUUACAGCUGAGCUUUUACUUUGAAAGGAUUCCGCAUAAUGCUCAUCCUCCAUGUUGUAAACAGCGAGGAGCUAAACAUGGCCAGUCAUUGGUGUCACUCACGAGUCGGUACAGGUAGCUGAGUGGUCUGCUGGACAGUCGCGGGGUCGCCGUGUCAGACUUCACUGUCUGCCAGCGGAACAUCAUCAGGCCAGACGCACCCUUCACUCUUCACUGAUAUGAAGCUCAAACAUGAGCGCUCCGGUUUCCUCCCAGAGGCCCAAAGCACUCAGGGUUUGUCUGUAUGUGUAACUGUGCUCGUCUGUGACAGUGAACAGCGGCAUCCUGUUUAUGUAUUUGUUAAAUUGGCGAGACAGAUGAAAACAGUCUGAGCCAAAGAUCACCAGAGACUCCUCGCUGCUCUUCUGUUUCACCAGUCAGAAACCAGAACCAAAUAUUUGCAUGUGACCUUGAACGAGGUUUGAGCUGGGCUGGUGGUGGGAGCCCGCAGAAGGUUCUGCUGUGUGGACUGUAGAUUUGUACAGAAACGUUUGCUGGUUCCCUUCCUGUCUAAUGUCCUCAGAGCUUCUCGUGUGUGAGCGCCCCCUGCUGUAGACCUGGAUGCUAAACCUUUGUGUUGGGUCUGUUAACACUCAUUGGAUGUGCAAAUAAAACAUGUUA